CCUUAGCCUACUGAUCAUCUUGACGAUCUUCAUCCUUCAUCCCUCCCAUCCGAUUUUAGGUUUUAUCAACUGAAAAUGGUACUUUGUAUGUGGAAUUUACGUGGUCCUCAUAUGAUUGCACCCGACCUUGAUAAAGAUUACAAUGGUCAUGACAAUUUCUUCACUUUAAAAAUACAUCAUGGUGGAUUUUUUUCAAAGUUCCCAGGAAGAAAGUACGUUGAGGGAAGGUUGGCAUUCUAUGACUUUGUUGACACUGAUCUUUUUUUAGUUCAUGAUCUAAAUGACAUGAUUCGUGAGAUAAGAGUGAUUAAUGUGUACGUUGAACAUGGUUCUACAAGACUUCAUACUUACUUCAUGUCCCCAAGUAAAGUUGUUAUUGAGCAACUGGAUGAUGAUCCUUCUCCUCAGCUUAAUAGGAUUAGGCCUAAGAAGAAGGGAAUUGGUUCGUAUAGCAAGAAAUUAGACAUGAAUGUCCCACUUAAAGAAUCAUCUAAUCAAGCUCAGAGAGAAGAUGGUGUGUAUGAUUUUUCCAUGUCCCUAGUUCCUUUUGAGCCAAACAAACAAGACAUGAUUAAUGAGUUUAAGGAUGAUUCGUAUUUCCCUAUACCAGAAGAAACUGAUACAAUGCAAGAAAUUACAAUUGAUAUUAAUUGCCAGAAUCAUAGGGAAAUGCUAGAUGAUUUUGAGCCUUUUAGUAGUGAUGGAUAUCAGAAUAUAGGUGAGUUUGAAAGAGAGGUUGAAGCUGGAGAAGAACAAGAUGAAGAAGAUGAACAAGGGCAUGCAGAGGAUUCAAAAGAUGAUUUAGAAGAGCAUACAUAA